AAAUCGAAAAUAGACAACGUUACCUAGAUAACGGUUUAAUAAAAAACGUUGUAGUUUUUUUUUUACAACGGUAUAGUCAAAACCGUUAUCUAUAGAUAUUAAAAAAGUGUUGAUCCCUUGGUUAGAAAUUUUCUCAUUUUACUUGUACAACGGUGUGGUCGAAACUGUUAUCUAUAGAUAGUAACAAAGUGUUGGCCCCUUGGUAGAAAUUUGUGAAUUGAACUUAUACAACGGUAUGGUCAAAACCGUUAUCGAUCUAAAAAUAUUAAAAGUGUUGGUCCCUUGGUUAGAAAUUUGUAAAUUUAACUUAUACAACAGUAGGAUCAAAACCGUUAUCGAUCGACAAAUAUUAAAAGUGUUGGUCCCUUGGUUAGAAAUUUGUAAAUUUAAUAAACAACAGUACGGUCAAAACCGUUAUCAAUUUGUAAUUAUUAAAAGUGUUGAUCUACGAUUAAAAAUUUAUUUAGUUAAAGAAUUUUAUUCUAAUUCAUCAAAUCUAGGAAGUGAGAAACAAGAUCCCAACAAGAUCAAUCCUAAGCUGUCAUAAAAAAAAAAAAAAAAAACAAGAUCCCAAGCUAUUGCGUUUAAUUAUGCUUUAGCUGGGCUUCAACAAAUUAAAAAGAAAAAAUAGGGCAUGGUUUAAUUAGCUAGGCCUGAAGUCAUCCACUAAAAAACAAAAGAUAAGGCAUAAAUAUAAAAAAGGCAUAAUUAUUAUGCUUUAGUUGCCACCUAGUAGCCUUAGCUUAGGCGUGAUAGCAAACAAUUACAGAAGUUAAGAGGUGUAAGAAGGAACAACUUUCCAGAGCCAAUUGAUAUAUCGAGAUGGUAGCGGCGAAAUUGGCCAAAGCUAAUAGAGCAAAAGACGAGGCUUUGCAGUAGAAUGAUGAGAUUAAGAAUCAAUUGGAUGACUUCGUUCUGGAGAAGGAUGGGUUCAAGGCUGAGAUUGGGAAUUCCACGCAUAUGCUCAUGUCUGGGAUUGUUAAGAUUUCAGGGAAAACCAUGCAAGUUAGCUGUCGACUUGGUUGAUAAUAUAGUUGCGCGUGGUACCGUACUAGAAAUUGAUGCAACCAACCCAACCAUUCAUGGUGUUCCUUUAGGAAAAGGCAACGAACGGGUUGUAGUUGAUAUAGUUAUAGACGCUGAAGCAUUUUUGCCUUUCCCUAUUAAAGAUGAUGACAUAUUCACUGUAGGCCAAGCUGUAGGUUAUGUGAUGGCUUGGCCUAAACAUCUAGUCAUAUUAACAGGAGUGGAGAUUCCUAGAAAGCGUAAGCAUACUGUUGAAAAACUCCCUAAAGCCCCAGAGGUGGACUUUCAUGGAAUGCCAAAAUCAUUGAAAAUAUUAUGCCGUUAUGCACAAAAUAUGAUCAAGAUGCAUGGGAACUGCAUUGUGUUUGAUAUGGAAGAGAGAGUAUUUGGGUCACCUCGACCCACUCACAUCUUGAAUGAAGAUAUCUUACAGCUUGGAGGCAUGGAGAAAUUAUCAGCCACUUGCAUAGUAAUUUAUAUGAGGUACUUAUAUACUGUGCUUGAAGAGUUAGACAUGGUAGGCUCUGUUAGUUUUGUUGAUCCUGCUGUAAUCUCUGCUCCAUGGUGUGGGACAAGUUUUGUAAGAUCUCGUAAGUUAGCAGACCGAUUCAAAGGAGCACAGAAUGAUCAGAUGUUCUUUAUCCCUUACAACUCCGGUGAUCAUUGGAUGUUAAUGAUUGUCCAUCCAGUCAAGGAGACGAUCUAUUUUGUUGACUCAUUUUAUCAGAGCAUAAUUGACAGUGAAUGGAAACAUGUUGUGAAUGAUGCCAUUAAUAUAUUCAACCGGCAAAGGAAUAAGCAAGGACGUAAAUCUCCACUAUGGAAAAUCCUGAUGGGUGCUCCAAGACAACCGACAAACAAAGAAUGUGGCUAUUACGUCAUGCGCUUUAUGAGGGACCUAAUCCUUGAAGAUAUUCAAGGUGUACUAGCUAAGUGGGAAGGACCUAUGGAGACCACAUAUCUUCAAGAAGAAAUCGAUGAAGUCCGUGAUGAGUGGGCAGAAUUCGUUAGCGACAAGUAUCUUUAGACUCCUCAGUUCUAUGGUUUAACUAUGUACCUAGUGAAACUUCUUUAAUUUGUUGCAAAAUUUACAUUUUCCUCUAUAUGAGAGCUAAAUACAUUUAUGACAGCUAGUACUAUUUAUGUUUCUUUUACUUUUGCAAACUUCACUCAAAAAAUUUCAAUUGAGAAAGCAUAGUAAAUGUGAUUACUUGAAGUACUCUUCUAUAUAUUAAUAUAUUACAAUUUCAUUUCAAUUUCCUGAA